CUGGGAAUGACGCGGCACUUUGUUGUCAGGGGAGUUCUUUGGACCAAGUAGUAAUGGCGUCCGGGCUCACGUAUUGGGAGCUAUGAAGUGGGGCGAGUAGUGAGGCGACGAAGGGAAGUUAUCUGGAAAGAUUAAUGCUGAAAGAAGAAAAUCAAGUUUCCAAAGCCUCAGUUGUAAUCAGAUGGAGGGUGAUGUAGGAUUAUGUAAUGAGCAAAAAUACAAGGAACAGAAUGAGGACUUGGAGGUCAGCAUGUUACCAGAACCAUCCUGUUAUCUCUCUGCCAAUGAAUUUUCAUGUCACUGUUGCUAUGAAGUAUUGGUAAACCCAACUACUUUGAACUGUGGACACAGUUUCUGCAGACACUGCCUGGCCCUGUGGUGGGAAGCCUCCAGGAAAACAGAAUGCCCGGAAUGCAGAGAAAAAUGGGAGGGAUUUCCUAAAGUCAACAUUGUCUUAAGGGAUGCUGUUGAAAAGCUGUUCCCUGAUGAUGUCAGGAGACGUCAGGAGGAGACGCAGAACAACAUAAAAAUCUCAAAGAGCUUUUUGGCUUUCGAGAAAUUUGGCAGUGAGCAAUCAAGAGCUGUCAACCAGUCAGUGCCAUGGAGACGAGGAGGUGGCUUUUUCUCAGGAGUACUAACUUCUUUAACCUGUGUGGCAGUAGUAUUUUUAGUUUAUCUCUGGAGUAGAGAAAGUGAACAAGAUCUUCUUGUGCACAAGCCUGUGGCUAAAUGGACUGCUAAAGAAGUGACUCUUUGGUUAGAGCAAUUGGGUCAAUGGGCUACUGUUUACAAAGACAGGUUUCUGGAGGAGGAAGUGAACGGAAGGCUAUUGUUGAAUCUAGGCGAAGAAGAGUUUUCAAAGCCUCCUUUCAACAUUGAGAGAGAACUUCAUAGGAAAGCUAUUCUAAUGGAACUGGACAAUAUAAAAGCACUUGGAGUUAAACCCCCACAAAAUCUCUGGGAAUAUAAGGCAAUGCACAUAGGCAAGUCGCUGUUUCUGCUGUAUGCUCUGAAGAGCUCCCCACGGUUGACGAUGCUGUAUCUCUAUCUGUUUGAUUACUCAGAAAUCUUUCUGCCCCUUAUCCACACCAUUUCUCCUCAGAAGACCGAGACGACAGAGGAUGCAGAUAUUUUUCGCAAGCACUGGUCUGAUGACAUCAGCUGGAAGCAGUGGGCUGAAUUCUUUGUGAAAUACUCCUUGAUACCAUAUCAGUUAAUUGCAGAAUUUGCUUGGGAUUGGCUAGACAUGCACUACUGGACAUCACGCUUCAUAAUUGUCAAUGCAAUGCUCCUAUCUGUUCUGGAAGGCUUUGCAUUCUGGAAGCUUUGGUCAAGAGGAGGACUCAGGACCAUCCCACAGAAAAUGUGGAGCCAUUUCUGGAAAGUAUCAAGCCAAGGAAUCCUUGUUGCUAUUUUGUGGCCGAUAAUUCCUCAGUUUGUUUGUGACUGUCUAUUUUACUGGGCUUUAUACUUCAAUCCCAUCAUAAAUAUUGACCUGGUGGUCAAGGAAGUGCGCCGUUUGGAAACCGAACAUUUGUGACAGAAAAGUUGCUAUCACAUAACGGGCUAAGGGCAACCAAUUACAGUUCUAAUAUUAAUAAUGUUCAUAUUUGUAAGUAUACUUUUUUCACAGCUUGCACCCAGAUACUGCAGUGAAACAUUCAGAAAUGAUUAAGUUGAAGUUUGAAGAAUUAAUAAUCAAUCAAUAUAAAGAGACAAAACCAUUUGCUCCAUUUAACUGUGAAUAGAUUGGGAUUCAGUAAAUAUAUUUUUCAGUUCUCAUUGCUGCAAUUAUCACAUUGGCAUUAAGUACCAAUUCGCAUGCAUUCUUAACCUACACUUCUCCAACUUUUCCCUGCAAGUUUUGGUCAGAAAAGUAAUCGUUUGAUCAUUUGUGACUCAGUAAUACUUGUGAUUCUACAAAACCCUGUGUGCUAGGUCACAUGAAUUUUUUAGUCUCGCAAGGGCUAAGUACAUCAUGUAACACUAUCUAAAGUGUGAAUAAGGGGAAAAUAUUGCAACUGAUAUUUUAACGCCUGUCUUCAUAAUUUAUUUACUGUUGAUUCAAAUUUUUGAAGUUGUAUAAGAAACCUGUGAAAUUUUGUAAUCACUUUUGCUGAAUAAACUCUAUUUUUGCAUUUGUUUUAUUGUUAGUCAUACUGGAAUAGCAUAUUGUCAAAGUGGGAUAUGAAAUGUGAAUGAUGAUCCACAAUCAUGUUUAUACCAGUGAAUCCAUCAGCUUCCAAAAGAGAUUAAAUUGAGUUUUUAUUAAUA